AUGGCUCGCAUACGAAAGCUUUCCGAUUUACUAAUACAUUUAAUAUGCUUAAUUAUAAUAAGUUACAUAGUUACCCAGCGAUCUGUAAAAAUAUUCACUUUCAAAAAGCUCAUUAGAUUCUUGCCGGAUCUAAAAUACAUAUUGGUGUGGACAAGUUUCUAUGGAAUUGAAGAGGAAGGCCAAACGGCCUUUGUGAGGCGAGAGUGUAAUUUUAAAAAUUGUUAUUUUACACAGAACAGGAGUUUAUUCGGUGAUCUAAGAUAUUUUGAUGUCAUUCUGUUUAACGCGCAAGAUGUGAGUUUGAGCGGGAACGAUCUGCCGUCUACUAGGAGUGUGUUACAGAAGUAUAUCUUCGCAACAAACGACUCGGCGGAUAAUUACCCAAUCUGUAGUCCAUCGUAUGAUGAUUUUUUUAACUGGACUUGGACUUACAGGCUAGAAUCUACAAUCCCUUACAAGUUUAUCACUGUUAACAACAUAGACGAUCAAGAUUUAGGCUCUCAUAUACCAUGGAAACGAAAUAUGACUCCAAUUAAUAACCAGAUAAAAAUGCAACUGUACAUGAAAUCAAAGGCAGCCGCAAUAUUUUUAAACAAAUGUGAGAGCAGGAGUAGAAGGGAAUUGUUUCUGAAGAAUUUGCAAUAUCACUUGUCUAAAUAUAAUCUCACGAUAGAUAUUUUUGGAGAAUGUGGCUCUAAAAGAUGUAAGAGAAAUACUAUGACUCCAUGUUAUUACAGAUUGAGGAGAAAUUAUUUUUUCUAUCUCGCGUUCGAAGACUCUUUAGAUGCUGAUUACAUUACUAGAGAUAUUCUGUAUGCGUACAAGAAUAAUGCAGUGCCUAUUGUCUUAGGAGGAGCCCAAUAUGAACUAUUUCUCCCACCAAACUCUUACAUCAACGCCUUGGCAAUUGGGGAAGAGAAACUAGCUAAAACCAUGAACGAUAUCAUUCAAGACCGAGAGCGGUACUACCACUUCUUCAAAUGGAAGAACCAUUAUACCAUAACGGAGUCACCAGUCCUUAAUCCAUGCAGCCUUUGUGCCAGUUUAAAUAAUCAACAUUGGUUGACACACAAGAUCAGCUUCAAGAAUUUUCGACAGUGGUGGAACCCUUUCUAUAGCGAUCGAUGUAGUAUUCGCUGGAGAAAAUUAAAUGUAUUUUGA